AUGGGGAGGGGGUGGUGGGGUGUGUUGGGGGUUGUGUGUGGGGGUUGUUUGGGUGGUGAUUUGGGGAUAGUGUUUGGGUUGUGGUUGUUGUUGGGGGGGGUGGGUGGUGAUGUGGGUGGGGGGGUGUGGGUUGGAGGGUUUGGUGGUUGGGUGUUGUGGGGUUGUGGUGGGGUGGUGUGGGUAUUGGGAUUGGUGUGGGGUGGGUGGUUUUUGGUUGUUGAGUUGAGGGGUGGUUGGUGGUUUGGGGUGUGUAUGUGGGGGUAUUUGGGGGGUUGUGUGGUGUUAGUGAAGUUGGUGGGGUGUGGUGGGGGAUUUGGUUUUUAUUUUUGGGUUUGGUGGGUUUUUGUGGGUUUAGGUAUGGGGGUUUGUGUGGGGGGUGGUGUGGGUGUGGGGGGUUGUUUGGGGGGAUGGUGUGUUGUUGUGGGUGGGUUUGUUGGGUUGUAUUGGUGGUGGGUGAUGUGGUUGGUGUUGGGGUGGAUGGAUGUGGGGGGGGGGGGGUUUUUAGUUGGGGGGUGUGUGUGUGGGGGUGGUUGUUGGGUGUGGGGGUUAUGGUGGGGGGGGAUAUGUGGUGGGGGUGAUGGGGGGUGGUUUGGGGUGUGGUGGUGGGUAGAGUGGGUGUGA